UAUAGCAACACUAUUAUAAACCCUUAGACUCAACUGGCUAUCGUAAGAAGCGGUCUAGUGAGAAAUAAAGUGCAAUGGCUUCGUUGUGUAGACAAAUUAUCCGUGCAAAUGCUGUUAGGAGUGCGCUCCUUUCAACCGCUCGACGGGGAUAUGCUGACAAAAUGAUGCCUGACCCCCUCGAGCAUGCUACUGGUCUUGAGAAAAAGGAACUGCUGGCGAUGCAGUCUGGUAAUGACGAUCCUUUCAACAUGAAAGUUCUCAAGAAAGCUGCCGGCACCCGUGACCAACCAACACUAGUACCCUCCUGCUUUGACGCUAGAAUUGUAGGAUGCAUAUGCGAGGAACACUCGACAUCUAUUAACUGGAUGUGGAUACAUAAGGAUCACCCACGUCGCUGUGAAUGUGGACACUGGUACAAGCUUACCGAGAAGGCGCCCCUUUAAACACUAUUUAGUAUACAUUAGUAGUGAUUAUAAACAACGAUACGCAUCCAUCAAGAUUCCACAGUUCCUGAUGCGUCAAUAAAACAUAAGCAUUAUCAGUGUUUCAUUCGUUACCUGCAGUGUUGUGUUGUUUACGGGAUUUAUUUUAUGUAGAUAAUUAAAGUCUAAUCAAUUA